GUGAAAAUUGUCAGUUGUGGCAGAGAAAGGGACAUAUCUCGAUUGGUGCGCCUCUGGAUCCCUUUGGUUUUCUUUGGCAACGUUUGGUGCCUGUAAACCUGCGCUGGAACGAGUUACAUGUUCUUUCUACAUUUGGACAAAGUUUUGGUUUGGAAGCGAACAAAUGACCAAAGGAACUUUACUGUGAUCACCCUCUUAAAUGCAGUGAUGGUUCGUCCACAGGCUGUUCCGCGCGAUUUGAACAUAAUCACCGUGUCAGUUUCAUCUUUCUUAUGCAAAGUAGCUGUCUUUGAAGGCGGAUCUUUUGGCAGGUUAGUCCAGGACGGUGGCGAGUACUAGCUCAGACGAGCACUGCUGCCACACCAACCAGUAGAAUUGACUUUGUCUCCGGAGGGGAAUUAGAAAACACAUUUAACUGAUGUGAUCACGCACAUCUAGAUUUCCCCUUUUUCGCAGUUUUUUUUUUACCAUGCGCACAAACCCUAACGGACAGCAAUUAUUUGAGUUGGUAAAUAUUAAAGUUUUUGCCGAGUGGUUGAUUUUGAGCUGCCGAACAGCAACGGGAUAUCUCGGUAUAUGUGGUUGUCUUUACGCGCAUUGAAAGAAGUUGAAUGUGAUGAUCGCAAGACUUUAUAAUUUACUUAAAGGAAAGGACGUAUAAUUAAUCAUCCACGGAACAACAGCCAGACGUGUCUCCUUUUUUGGAUUAUUCGGGAGAAAACUGAAUAUAAUUUUCAAACCAUGGACUUUGUGGUGAGCGCACAUAACCUGGAACCAUUACAUUUUCGGAAUACUUACUAAAUGCCGGUCCUUUCACCAACUAUUCUAAGGUUUCACCGUUCAACUUUUUUUUUGUCACAUUCAUGGACAUAAACACAGCGUGUUACAGCAUCUUAAUUUGCCAGGGGAAACGCAAUUUCUGCGUUGUCCUUUAAGGCGAGCAUUUCCAACUGUUCUUUACCAGAGAGAUUAAAGAACGGAGAAUGAAUUCCUCUGCCACGCGGAGCCUUAUCUAUCUGCUGCUCUGCCUUAGCAGCAGCUGCUCAGCCAUUAGUUCCAUCGACCCAGACCGGCCAGGAGAGGGGAGAUGCCAGCAUAUAGUCAUCCCCUUGUGUAAAGACAUUGGCUACAACAUGACCAGGAUGCCCAAUCUAAUGGGGCACGAGGACCAGAACGAGGCCGCCAUAAAGUUGCACGAGUUCGCUCCGUUGAUAGAGUUCGGAUGUCACAGCCACCUGAAGUUCUUCCUGUGCUCGCUGUACGCUCCCAUGUGCACGGAGCAGGUGUCCACCCCGAUCCCGGCCUGCAGGGUGAUGUGCGAGCAGGCCAGGCUCAAGUGCUCCCCCAUCAUGGAGCAGUUUAACUUCCACUGGCCCGAAUCCCUCGACUGCUCCAGGCUACCCACCAAAAACGACCCCAACAACCUCUGCAUGGAGGCCCCCAACAACGGCUCGGACGAGUCCCCGAGAGGGUCGCACACCCAGACCCCCGACUUCCGGCCCCAAAGGCCCCUUAGCGGCCAGGACCUCCACACGAAAGACAGCAGCAGCAAGGAAACAUGCAGCAACCCCGGCAAGUUCCACUACGUCCAGAAGAGCGAGUCGUGCGCCCCCAAGUGUUACCCCAAAGUGGACGUGUACUGGAGCCAGGGAGACAAGCAGUUCUCCCUGGUCUGGAUGGCCGUGUGGUCCAUCCUCUGCUUCGUCUCCAGCUCCUUCACCGUGCUCACCUUCCUCAUCGACCCCCAGCGCUUCAAAUACCCCGAGCGCCCCAUCAUCUUCCUCUCCAUGUCCUACUGCGUCUACUCGGUGGGCUACCUCAUCCGCCUGUUUGUGGGGGCCGACAGCAUCGCCUGCGACAGGGACAGCGGCGUCCAGUACAUCAUCCAGGAGGGCCUGGAGUCCACCGGGUGCACCAUCGUCUUCCUCAUCCUCUACUACUUCGGUAUGGCCUCGUCCAUCUGGUGGGUGGUCCUCACCCUCACCUGGUUCCUGGCGGCCGGGAAGAAGUGGGGCCACGAGGCCAUCGAGGCCAAUAGCAGCUACUUCCACCUGGCGGCCUGGGCCAUCCCGGCGGUGAAGACCAUCAUGAUCCUGGUGAUGAGGAAGGUGGCGGGGGACGAGCUGACGGGGGUGUGCUACGUGGGCAGCAUGGACGUGAAGGCCCUGACGGGGUUCGUCCUCAUCCCCCUCUCCUGCUACCUCGUGGCGGGCACCUCCUUCCUGCUGUCGGGCUUCGUGGCGCUCUUCCACAUCCGCAAGAUCAUGAAGACAGAGGGCGAGAACACGGACAAGCUGGAGAAGCUGAUGGUGCGCAUCGGGGUGUUCUCCGUCCUCUACACUGUGCCCGCCACCUGCGUCAUCGCCUGCUACUUCUACGAGCGCCUCAACAUGGACUACUGGAGGGUCCUGGCCGGCGAGCAGAGGUGCGUGGACGGCGGCGGCAGCGGGCCCGAGUCGGAGGAGUGCGUCAUGAAGGGCUCCAUCCCGGCCGUGGAGAUCUUCAUGGUGAAGAUCUUCAUGCUGCUGGUGGUGGGCAUCACCAGCGGCAUGUGGAUCUGGACCUCCAAGACGCUGCAGUCGUGGCAGAACGUGUUCAGCCGGAAGCUGAGGAAGAACACGCGGAGGAAGGCCGCCAGCGUGUUCGCCAGCAGCGGGCCGUACCUCAAGCCUCACCCGGCCCUCAAAGGACACAACAGCAAGUACGAGCCUACCAGGCCGCCACCCACGUGCGUGUGAAGCGUCUCUCUCGGUGUCUGAAGCGUCUCUCUCGGUGUCUGAAGCGUCUCUCUCGGUGUCUGAAGCGUCUCUCUCGGUGUCUGAAGCGUCUCUCUCGGUGUCUGAAGCGUCUCUCUCGGUGUCUGAAGCGUCUCUCGGUGUGUGCCAAAACCCUUCUAAAAGCCCUUGUACCUAAAACCACAGACUUCAAACUCGAGAGAGAGAGAGAGAGAGAGAGAGAGACGACGUCGUUCGUAGUUUAAUUUAUGCAAACUUCGUUGAAGAUCGUGCAAUGUGACGAGUGUUAUUUGUUCUUACCUUGGAUCUCUCUCAAGCUACGAGGACGGCCUUUGUUUGGAAAAAACGACUACUCCCAGAGACAUCCUGUUGCAGAACUUUAAUAGAGAAAAUAACUUUUUGUUUUCCAAGACUAAGAAAGUGGAAUAAACCAUUUGGAUUGUGUCAUUGGAUUGCUUGAAUAAUGUGCAAUAGAUGUUUUUCUUUAGAGGCAAACAAAGACACUUGUACUGUAGCAACAGAUUACAGACUAUGAAAGGACUCCCGGGGGACAAUGGGAGCGAGAGAUGGGGCCUAGAGGGUUGUGUGGCUUUUUUAAUGGAAAUCAAGGCGGUGUCAUAGAUGUUUGAACUGAAGUGAGAGAGCAGCUGUGGAGAGAGACUCAGGACCUUACGGACUGUCUAUUGUGAAGCUAAUUCAUGCCAUAAAUAAAUCAACAAGCACUAGACAUCGCAAAAGUUAUUUGUACAGGCGGUUGAGUUUUUUUUGUUUUUUGUAUAUAUUUCUUAAAUGUCAUAUUUUAUAGAAAAUUAAUAAAACAUUCUAGUUUUGUGGUGGAAACUGGAAUUGUAUAUUA